UAGAGAGGAAUUGUUGGGUGGAACAGGCUCUGGGGUAUUGGUAUCGUUGGCUGUUUCUUCUUCUUCUUCUCUUCUUGCAACUUCUCUGCCUCUCUUUUUCCACCACCUCAGGCCUCUGUUCACAAUGACAACAAUCUUGCACAAGGAAUCCAACCAGAAGAUUCAUGUCGAAAACCCUUCAACCACCGACAACAUCAAGCAUCUCAACGACUUCUACUGGACAAAUUUCAAAGAGCCCCAUGCCAUAAGAAGAAAACAAAUCUUGAAAAAAUAUCCCCAGGUAUCAAAGCUAAUGGGCCCUGAGCCCUUGACAAAGUACAUUGUCUUCUGUGUGGUUUCGUUGCAAUUUUCCAUUGCCUACUAUUUGAGAAACACCUCUUUCUUUUCUUGGAAAUUCUUCCUUUUAGCUUACAUUGUUGGUGCUACUGCAAACACUAAUUGCUUUUUGGCCAUCCACGAAUUAUCUCACAACCUAGGCUUCAAAUCCCCAUUGCACAACAAACUAUUCUCCAUCUUCACCAACUUCCCCAUAGGUGUCCCCUACUCAGCUUCCUUCAAACCAUACCACCAAUUGCACCACAAGUUUUUGGGCGACGACAAAUAUGACACCGAUCUUCCAACAAGAUUCGAAGCAAUCUUCUUGUCAAACAUCAUGGGAAAGAUCUUUUUCGCAACCUUUCAAAUAUUCUUUUAUGCUCUAAGACCAAUGUGCAUCACAUCCAUAACCUUCACCUAUAUUCAUCUCUUAAACCUCAUUUCCCAACUUGUUGUCGAUUUCCUUAUGCUCAAAUACUGGGGCGUAAACUCUCUACUAUACUUUAUCUUCUCUUCCUUCUUAGCCGGUUCUUUACAACCCUUGGCUGGUCAUUUCAUUGCAGAACAUUAUAUUCUCCAACCUCCAAGUUUUUACGACUUUGAACAUUUUGAGAAAAACGAUUUAAUGCCCCCAGAAACUUACUCCUACUACGGAAUCCUUAAUAUCUUUGCCUGGAAUGUCGGUUUGCAUAACGAACACCACGACUUUCCUUACAUUGCCUGGUCAAAAUUAUUUGAACUAAACAAAAUAGCAAACGAAUUCUACGAGCCUUUACCAAAGGUCAAAAGUUGGGCCCUAGUCCUAUUCGACUUUAUUCUAGAUGAUAAAGUAACUUUAUGGAAUAGAGUAAGAAGACAAAGAGUCAACACAGAAAAGGCAAAACUCGCAGACUUGGAGUAUUAAUCAUUUACUAUAAACAUAUUCAUUCAAUUACUAUAAAUAUAUUCACUCAAUUCAUAGAAAAUACUACAAUAAUAUAUAUGUAUAUGUAUAAAGAAAAACUUUUAUCCCUUUUGAAGCC